AUGUCUCAACAAUCCAACUCUUCUCCUUCCAAGAACAUGCCUUGUUCUCCUAGCGCUGAACCAAGCAACCCUAACAGAGAAGGUCCUGUUAUUGACUCUGUGAAUACCCCACAUGCAAGAAGACCUAAAGAAACUGUAUCAGGCUUCUCCUCAUCCAUCGUUCUUGAGGAACGAACCAAAGAAGGUUCCAGGUAUGUUCACAAUGCCAUUGCCACUAUAGUGACUAGAAUACUGUUUGGAAAUCAUGAGGUCCUUGGGGUUUCCAUUCCCUUAAACACUAUUGAACCUGAUAGUGUUGCUGAUCAAGAAAAUACUGAGUCUUUAGGAAAGAAUAUCUCUGAUGAUGUUGAGCAAACUGAUGCCCAUAAGGAGUCAAAUGUUGACAAACCCUUAGAUAAUGUGGCUGGUGAGGAAGUUCAUGUCACUCAUGAUGUCAGUGACAACCCUAACUGUGAGGCUGAAACAGUAGACCUGGAGGAAUUCUCUGAUAAUGAGUUGUUGUCCUCUGUCCUCCCUAGCAUAGCCAAAAGGGUUAGGACAAGGAGAGAAAAGAAAAAUGUGGCUCAAAGGUCCCCCAGAAAGAUUAUUGAUGUUCCAACCUCUUCUAAGACAACGGUGGCAGUCGAGAGUUCCCUCAAUAGGAAAGUUCAUGGUCCAACCAAAUCUUGGAGCAAAGUGGUGCCCAUAAAAAAGAAUACCAAGUUUGUUGUUGUUGAGUCUGACUCAGAUGUUCCUUGUAAUAUCUCUGACAUUCUGUCAAAGAAGAUGCCAACACUAGCAAGCUUGCAGCUAGUGUCCCUGAGGUGGAAAUAUGUUUAUCAGAAGAGGCUAGCUUUAGAAAGGGAAUUAGCUCAGAAUGUCCUAGACUGUAAGGAUAUUAUGGAUCUUAUUUAA